AUGUCAGCCUCAAUUCGUGCUCCUUGGCUUCAUGACUACCUUCUCCAGAUCGCUGAAGAAAACGGCGGCAACCUGAUUUCUGUCGCGUUCGAGUCGAAAGGUCGCAGGGCUCAGUUAGUGAAGUGGCUGACGUACCCUCAGGAUGAUGACAAGGAAGUCUUCAUGUGGGCAAUAAUCUCUGACAAGGUCCAUACCGUCGAAGUUCGUUUCUCUAAGGAGGCUGUGAAGUCCUUAAGGCAGAAUCCCCUGUUCUUAGGCAGGAAUGUCACGGAGUAUAGGACUGCCAUCGUUAUCAUCAAAACGUUUCGUCCGUUCUGUACCCGUGUUCCGCAAGGGCGAGACAAGGGCAUGUCGUUAAGUGAACACAUCUGUCUUGAGGUCAAUGAUUUUAGCCUGUCAGGUGCAUUCAAUGAACCUGUAUGGGGCAGUCCGAGACCUAUCGGAACACAAUCAGACAUUCGGGAGUGGGUCCAGGGCUUACGGCAGGGUGGCGGUGCUGGCAAUGUGCUGAAAUUGCGCAAAGCAGCAAACUCAGCGGAUGUAGUUGCUCCAGCAGAGAGUGUGCAAGGUGAUCCCGAACGUGCACACCUUGAGGAGAUACCUCCGAAACUGAACCCUAGGAAAGUGAUGCUCGCUGCAAGAAAGCCUGUCCUUGCCAACCCUCCAAUUGAACUGCCUGCACAGAGAACUGAGCCCACUCACGUCGAGACAAAAGACAACUCAACGGGGGUCUAUUUGCGCAAAUGGAAGGCAUGUGUCCCUUUGAUUGUCCAAAACCAAAACUCAUCAUAA